AUGGGCGGGAAGUGGCCUUGCAUCCAGGACCACCAGUCUGGAGGGGAGCUGGAUGCAGAAACAGCUGAUGGCUGGGCAUGCAGGAGUGGUCUCCAGCGGACCCCAGGGGCUGAAGACCAAGCGUCUGUGGGACCACUUUCCCAGUCCCCCCACCCCGAGUCCUCAGAUUACAGCAGCCCCCUUCCAGAUGGGGCCCAGGCGCUGGCUCCCCAAACUGCUCCAAUUAGAGCAAGCAUUGUGUUUGAUGACAGCCACCUGGGAAAGGGGGAUGUGGGAGAGCCUGGAAAGGGGCAAAGUCUGGCUGUCCUUCCAGGCCCCUGUAAUAGUCCCAGUUACAAACAAGGCCAGUCGCCUUCCUGUGAGUUGGCCCUCUGUGCCUACGUGGUGCACAGGAACGUGACCUGCGUCCUACAGGAGGGAGCAGAGAGCUAUGCAAAGGCUGAAUAUCGGCAGUGUGGAUGGGGGCCCAAGUGCCCCGGGACAGUCACGUACCGCACGGUGCUCAGACCUAAAUACAAGGUCGGCUACAAGACAGUGACGGACCUCGCCUGGCGUUGCUGCCCUGGCCUCGCUGGAGAAGGCUGCCCUGAGCACCUCACAGACCAAGGUGCCGCCCCUCCCCAGCUGGAGCCUGAGCCGCAUAUUCCCUCAGGACAGUUGGGUCCUGGCCCCAGGCCUUCUCCAUAUAGCAGAGUGGCCUCCAGCCCCCACGGAAGGAAAGGCCCAGGGCUAUUUGGCGAGCGGCUGGAACGCCUGGAGGGUGAUGUCCAGCGCCUGGCACAAGCAUAUGGGACCCUCAGCGGAUUGGUGGCUCAUCAUGAGGACCCCAACAGGAUGCCUGGUGGCCCCAGGGCUCCUUCUGCCCCUGUGGGCUUUGGGGUCAUCCCCGAGGGGUUUGUUGACCCAGGAGACAGAGCCGGAAGGCCACUCACCCCCACCCUGGAGGAGAUCCUGAGCAAAGUGACUGAGGUGAGCAACACUCUGCGGACCAAGGUACAGCUGCUAGACCAGGUGCAUGGGCUGGCCCUUGGCCAUGAGGCCCACCUGCAGCGGCUGCAGGAUGCCCCACCAUCCCCCCUCACCUCCCUGGCCCUACUAGGGGAGUACGUGGACCACAGGCUGCACCGACUCUGGGGGAGCCUGCUGGAUGGCUUUGAGCAGAAGCUGCAAGGAGUCCAGAGCGAGUGUGACCUCCGGGUACAGGAAGUGCGGCGGCAGUGUGAGGAGGGUCAGGCGGCCAGCCAGAGGCUGCACCAGAGCCUCGAUGGCCGGGAGCUGGCUUUGCGCCGGGAGCUUUCACAGCUGGGGACCCGGCUACAGGGUCUGAGUGCAACUGGUGGGGGCAGCUGCUGUGGCCAGCUGGCCUUGGUCAGUUCCCGUGUGGACAGCCUCGAGAGGAACUUGCAGGCCAUCACUGAGACCCAAAGAGGCCAUGGUGCCCCAGCGGGGGAUGAGCUUACCCAGCUGUCUGCUGCCAUGCUCGAUGGAGGUGUGGAUGGGCUGCUGGAGGGCCUGGAGACCCUCAAUGGGACAGACAGUGGAGUAAGAGGCUGCUGUUUGAGAAUGGAGAUGGGGGGCUGGGGCGUAGGCAGUUUCGGGAGCAUGCUGGAGGAGCGCGUGCAGAGCCUAGAGGAGCGUCUGGUGACACUGGCUGGGGAGCUAAGUCAGGAUAGCACCCCACUGGGCAGGUCGGGGCGGCCCUUCGUGCAGACAGAGCUGGCAGUGUUGGAACAACGGCUGGUGUCUCUGGAGACCUCGUGCACCCCCAGCACCACCUCGGCUAACCUGGACAGCCUGGUCGCGGAGGUGAAAGCCUGGCAGAGCCGGAGUGAGGCCCUCCUACACCAGGUGGCCAGCCAUACUGCUCUGCUCCAGCAGCUCAAUGACACAGUGGCCGAGCUCCAGGGGCAGCUGGCAGGAGGGACAGGCAGGUCUCUCCAAGGCGAGAUCACUCUACUCAAGGUCAAUCUGAAUUCUGUGAGCAAAUCGCUCACGGGCCUCAGCGACUCUGUCAGCCAGUACUCUGACGCCUUCUUGGCUGCCAACACGUCCCUGGACGAACGGGAACGCAAAGUGGAAGCUGAAGUCCACGCCAUCCAGGAGCAGGUCAGCAGCCAAGGCUCACGGCUUCGAGCCGGCCACAGGCAGGUCCUGAACCUGCGAGGGGAGCUGGAGCAACUCAAGGCUGGUGUGGCCAGCAUGCCCUGUGGCCUGAGCCGCUGCCAGGACACAGCCCAGGAACUCCAACAUGCAGUGGGCCACUUUGACCAGAGGGUAGCACAAGUGGAAGGUGCAUGCGGGAGACUGGCAUUGCUGGCUGCAGGCCUGGACAGCUUGCCCACUGGGUCGCUUAGACCCAGGGAAGGCCUGUGGGGACAUGUGGACCAGUUGAAUCGCACACUAGCCCAGCACGCACAGGACAUUGCCCGCCUCCGGGAUGACCUCCUGAACUGCCGGGCCCAACUGGCUGAGCAGACACGGCCAGGACAAGGCACCUAAGCAGACUG